CCAUAGUUUCUAUCAACAAUAUGGCUCACCAGUGGCAUUGGAAGAUAUUGCCGCUUGGUGAUGGAGGUAGCGAUGGUCCGUUGCCCCCAAGUGAGUAUUAUAACCUCAAUCAUUGGAAGAGGCUGUUCUACCGCAUUAAAUACCGACCGAGACGGGUGGCCGAUCUAGUCAUGAUAUUCUUUAGCAUCUUCCUAGAGUGGUUGGGGAGCACACUAUUGGCACCCGUCACACCAUGGUACGUAGAAAAACUAGCACCAGAUAUGAACCAGGGAACUGCAGCGUCCAUCCUGAUGGCAUCCUACGCUGUCGGCACGUUCUUAGCCUCUCUGCUCACUGGGCCGUUAUCUGACAGGUUGGGUCGGCGUCCUGUAUUCUUAGCGGGAAUGACAAUCUAUACAGUGGCGCAGUUUCUAGUGGCUAAUGCAUGGGACCUCACCACCUUCGCUGUGUUCCGGGCAAUCGGCGGGACUGCUGCUGGGAGCCGUCCCGUAAUCAUCGCCUACCUCAUCGACAGUAGUAGGCCGGUAGACAUGAAGUUGUAUGGUGCCUUUCUUGGCCUAUCGGUGGUCAUAGGACGAAGUAUUGGCCCUAUUAUAGGUGGUGCAUUAGCCAGCGUAUCUCUGUCCUUCCCGUUCUACUUCAUUGGCGUCAUCGCGUCGGUGUUGCUUAUCCUCAUGUUCCUAUUCCUAAGAGAAUCCCUAAUUAGAGACAAAGACGGCAAUCCUAUCAGACCUGUAGGGGUGAGCAUGAAAGACCCGCCCAGGAACAAAUACCUCAUCCCAACGGUUAUGUGCCUAUCUCUGGCAUCCUUCUGUGGACAGACUAUCGGUAUAACUUGGCAGACCGUCUUCGGACUCAUCGGUGUGGAUUAUUACGGCCUCACGACUUCACAGAACGGCUCGGCUCUGGGCGUUCAAGCAGUGGCUCCUGUCGUGAUGAACCUCAUUUACUUGCCGAUCACACACUUCAUUCCUGCCGCGAUUGUGGGUGCCAUCGGAAUGCUCAUCUCGAUGAUUAUAAUCGUGGUGCCAUUCGUCCACAAUCUGGCAGCAGUCAUAGUUCUUGGUCUCUGCAUGCAAGCUGGAACAUCGUUGUAUUUCGCUGGUCAAGCCUACUACAAUUCUGUUAUUGCCCCUCCAAAGAAGAGAGGUCUUGUCAACUCUUGUGUGAUGGCAUCGGCAAACGUUGGUGGGAUAGUGGGACCGUUGGUCGCCGGUGAUUUGUAUGAUCUUGGUUUGUUCGAUCCAUUUUACUUCAGCAUUUCCCUAUCCGCCACAGGGUUCACAGCAUGCAUCGGCAUCUUCCUUGGGAUGAGAUAUCAGUUGAAUCUCUAUAAAUCGGUGCAGACUGCCUCUCCGAUCACGCCGAAGUCCCUACAGACCCCGCCAAGGCCUGAGGGUGAUAUCGACAUCACCAGUGAUCAUGAAACGGCAGCGUCGCCUUGAUCAUCGCGAGCUUAGACAUCUGUUGCAUUUGUUUGAAAGGCUGUCCCUUUGUGUGCUCUUCCUUGCAGCUUUCUGAAUUCGAUAACUGCCCAGGUUUUGGGUGCCUCCCCCGUUUG